GUGGCAAACGCGUAUGUGACGCUGAGGAUGCUGAGGAGGAUCGGGUGCUCGCUUCCUGUGGAACUCUUCUAUGCUGACGAGAGCGAGAUGUCUGCCGAGGUCGUGGAGCUCCUUGAGGGGAUGGGAGUGGUGUGCUAUAACAUCUAUCACCUCCCCAACGUCUCCUCCUCCCUCCCCCUCCGCGGGUUCCAGAUCAAGGCCUUUGCCGUCGUCUUCUCCAGCUUCGAAGAGGUGAUCUGGCUGGACUCCGACGUUGUUCCCCUUCGCAAUCCGCUGGAACUCUUCUCCUCCGCCCUCUACUCUGCUCAUGGGAACGUCUUCUGGCAGGACUGGAGCCGCGACCCUCACUGGAUCAGCAGAGAUUUCCUGGCGGCCUACGGGCUGCGGAUGGAGGAUGGGGAGAGGGAGUUGGAGGCAGGGCAGUUUGCUGUGAGCAAGAGGCGAGCAUGGAGAGCCCUGCAGGUAGUCCUGUACAUCAACUCGCAUUUCAUGCACUUCUACCGCAGGAUGUACGGGGACAAAGAUUCAUGGCGUCUCGCCUUCAAGCUCGCGCGCCUGCCGCUUGGCCGCGUCGCUCGAGCUGCUGACGCGGUGGGGCUCCUCGACCCCAGCGGCAGGUUCUGCGGCAACACAAUGAUG